GUGUCCAGGCACAUGAGCAAAUGAUGAUGCGUUGGAGAUGCAGCCAUAAGCUGCUAUAAUAUAGCAGCUAUAUAGAUGUCAUAAUAUAAACUACCUGUUUGACGUCUAAUUUACCUUUAAUUAUUUGAAUUAGUGAAGUUUCUCUGUGCCAUCAUUUUUGUUAAAUCACCAUCAUGGAUAUGGACCGAGUUUUGGAUUCUUUUACUGUUGGCACAAUCAAAGAUAUUGUGGACAGUUUGACAGGCUUCAAUUUACAGUGGGCUCAAGUCUCUACUAUUCAAGAGCCAGUGGCAAAGAAAAAUAAACUUGCCGCUCAUAUCUUCCGGCAUCUCAAGGAUCCAGCACAUCAGAAACACUAUCCUGUUCUAUUAACAACACUAAGAAUACUCUCACGUGAUAAAAAUGGAUUAGAUGAGCUGUUUACCGCGGAUCGAAUUGAAAUCUUAAUGCACCUAUCUCGUUUAGUUGGAGAACAAGAAAAUCUGACUUACAACAGUGACAAUUUUGACGCCCGGGUUGUGGUUGAAUCACUAAAAUGUCUUUGUAACCUUGUUUAUAAUAGUCCUGCCGUUCGACACAUUUGUUGCAAUAAUUCCUGCAUUGAUGGAAUUAUGUUGAGACUAAAAAUGUACAAAGAUCCACAAUUGCCUACUGAGGUUAAAUAUUUUGAUUUGAGAAUUUUGUUUCUCAUAACAGCUCUUUGUCCAGAAACACGUCCCAAAAUUCGUGAUCAAUAUCAUGGGUUAAUCUAUUUGAUGGAAGCGGUUGAUCUGAUACUAAAAGAAGCUGAAGAACCAGGACAAAAACCUUCAAAAAAGAGCCAAAGAAAACGAAAAAAGGAUAAAGCAAAAGUUACUGUUGAAGUGAAUUCCCAUUCUACUGAACAAACUAAUACUAAAAAAGACAAGGAUUCUCAUAGUCUUGAUAAUUCUUCCGUGGAUCUAUGCUGUGAAGUUUUGAAAGUACUUUUCAACCUGACAGUAACUUGCGACCGAGUGUAUUUAGAUGAGGUUGAGGAAGCUCAUUUUCUCAGACUCGUUGGUAUUCUUCAUGAUCUUCUUUUAACUGAAACUGAAACAAAAGAGAAGCGUGAAGAAAUGCUCAACCAUACGAUCAACUUAUUUACAAACUUACCUUCCUCUUGUUAUGAGGAACUUUUGGUUCCAAUUGAAGAAAUCGGUCGAAUAGACAACCCAAAAUACGAAUAUGAAGAUAAGAAUGUAGAAGCCAUCGCCGUUUUGUUGGAGUUUCUUGAUAAACGUCUUGAAAAGCCCCUUAAACCAUACAAAGGAUUACAAGAAUUACUCUCACCAGUAUUAACUUGUUUGAGCAAUAUGGCUCGAACUAAUCGGAUAAUUAGAAAGUAUCUGAGAAGUCAAAUUCUUCCACCAUUACGGGAUGUUAAAAAUAGGCCAGAAGAUGGUGAAACUCUUCGCAAUAAAUUGGUUAGACUUAUGACCAACCCAAACACUGAUGUGAAAGAGAUGGUUGCCGACUUUCUGUUUAUAUUGUGUAAAGAAAGUGUUCAAAGGCUUAUCAAAUACACUGGUUACGGCAAUGCUGCUGGUUUAUUAGCAAAUCGCGGUCUUAUGCUGGGCGGUCGAGGAAAAGGAAGUUACUCAAGUGAAUCUGAAGACAGCGACACUGAAGAGUAUUUGAAAGUGAAAGAAAAGAUUAAUCCAGUCACAGGAUAUUAUGAGCCAGAGAGACCUAAUCCAAUGGAAGGAAUGAGCCAAGAAGAGAAAGAAUACGAAGCUAUGAAGCUUGUCAACAUGAUGGAUAAACUUCACAGAACUGGCAUCGUCCAACCUUGUCGGAUUGGUGAAGAUGGUAAACCCCAUCCUGUUGAGCAUAUCCUUGAGCUUACUCAAGGCAAUCUUGAAAAAUUGGAAAUCGAAUCUAAAGAAGAUUCCGAUUGAAAUUUUCUUUGGCAGUUUUUUAAUCAUCGCGACAUUUCAGCUCCUACGCUAUUUAAAGCAUUAUUUUUGGCUUUGAGAAUCAAAGGCAAACCAAAAUGGAAACUGAGCAUUUUUGCUGAGAACCAUGCUUAUCACAAGUCUUGUCAUCAACGUCAAAGUCAUUUCUCCAACACAGCUAUUCCUUUUACAUAAGAUAUCUCCAAUUCUUGACCAAAUACUAUCAAUUCCUAUACAUCUUACCGUCAUUAAUUUGUUAUCUGUUUGUUAAUAUUAAUUUAUUGCGUGCCAUUUUAUUUAUUUAUCAACUUAAACCGACGAAACCCAAAACUUGAAGACCAAAAAAACGUAUUCUGUCCUUGUGAUGACCAAAAAGUACUCUACAAUUUAUUCAUUUGAUCGAAAUCUUUUAAUUCUCUUCUCUAUGGUAAUGUUAUAUUUCAAUGGUAUAUAAAGGCCUGAAAACCCGAAUCAAACAAUUGAUUUGAAAUAUUGACUUAGUUUUUAAUUGUAAGACAAGUCGACUGUUAAUCAAUAUUGAAACAAUAAUUUAUCACCAUAUAAUAAUUACGAUUACAAAAUAAAAUUUUACAAUUAAAUGUGA